UACCUGAGGAUACCUGGGCUAUCGGCACUGGACCAACUACCCAGUGAGUUGCCGGGUGUGGGCGACCAUUUUUGCCGCUAAAUUAAGAGCUCUGGAGACGGAAAUUGUUUCGUACUUUUCCCUUUUUGCAGUCUGAUAUGGUUUUUGGAAUUAUAAUUCCCUUUUUGCCGACGUUUCCAGUGAUAAAAGAUCUUUUCCUGUCCUGUCCGGGUGCGGUUACAUGUAGAGGGCAGUACAGUUUUUCCCGCCUGAGCCGCUCCAAGUUCCAAGAGAGUGACACGUUUUCUCGUCCCAAGGCCCCGCCGGCAGAGGGCAUGCAGCAUGGUCCGAUAACGAUCGUACAAAUGGCGGAUUGAGUCCACGAAGCCACUUUUAGCUUUUUCGCUGCGUGGACAUGAGUUGGCCAGAAGUUAAACUAGCUGCCGAGGAACAUAGAUAUGAACUAGUUCUGAAUGGUUCGAGUGUAGCCGAGAGAAUUGAUAAAUAUGGUCUGGAUAGGAAUAUCUUCCAGUUGGACUUCCUCAAUUUUCUGCAAAUUUCAAACACAAAGUUGCUCUCGCUUCCUGAAGAGUUAGGCCAACUGCUGAAUUUAAAAACUCUGGAUUUGCACAGGAAUAGUAUAGAGAAAUUACCUGCUUCGAUUGGAUGUCUAAAGGAACUCAAGAACUUGGACGUAUCAGGAAACGAAUUGCAACUACUUCCGGCAGAAUUGGGAGAACUGACUUUGCUUCAGACUAUAAACGUAAACUGCAACAAAUUAACGGAAAUGCCCAGCGUUGCAAAUCUUAAAAAUCUUUCAAGGUUUGAUGUGAGCCACAAUCAACUAAGUGAAUUACCUGAUGGAAUAUACGAACUAGAACAUCUUGCAGAAAUUCACGCCUCCAAUAAUCAGAUUACUACCAUUGAUGCAAACGUCUCAAAACUGACGUCUUUGAAGGUGCUGUCUCUGAACGUGAAUAAGAUAGAAUUGAUUCCUUCGGAACUAUCAGAGUGCCAUAAGCUCAAAGAACUUUACUUGCAAGACAACUUGAUCAAGGACAACAGACUGGUCAAGUUGUUAAAACAAUGUCACACCAAAGCAGUUCUGGAUUACAUUGCUGCAGGAAAGGAUAAAGGGAAAGCUGGGAGAAAAGGUGGGAAGAAGGGAAGAAACAAAACAGUCAGCGAAGGAGAUAAUGAAGAGGAUGGAGAGCAGGCUACAGGCCCAGUUGUGACAGUCUUAUACAGUGAAGACUUCAAGGUCUUGGUGCAAGCAAGUGUUCAGGACAUCAGACCCUACAUUGUGUGUGCACUGGUGAGAAAUUUGGAUCUUUCUGAUAUGGCUACAUUCAGAAAGUUCAUCAACAUUCAGACAAAACUGCAUGAAACUGUUUGUGACCAUAGAACCUUAGCCACUAUUGCUACACAUGAUGUAUCAUCUUUGGUGUUUCCUUUGGAAUAUGAAGCAGUCAACCCUGCUGACAUCCAGCUUGCACCACUGGGACGACACAAAGAAAUAACUGCUAAACAGCUUAUAUCAGAUCUCAGAACAGAAGCCAUGAAACAGAAACAGAAGACAAAGAGAAAUCCAUUCAAAACUGGUCUAUACAAGUAUUUAAGUCUAGUUGAAGGAGCAGAGCUGUAUGCUGUUGUGAGAGACUCUACUAAAGCUGUCGUUUCACUUCCACCAGUAACUAACAGUGAGAGAAGUAAGAUCACGGCAAAGAAGCUCAAUGUGCUCUUGGAAGUCACAUCACCAACUGAUCUGGCCACCUGCAAGUCGGUUAUGGACAAUCUGAUAUGCAAGAUGCUUGAAGCUGGAUUAUGCUCUAAAGCUGAAGGGGAAACUGCAACAAGUGCUGUGACAUGUGCAUCAUCUCAGGGAAAACUAGAGCUUGUUAUUGAGCAAGUUAGAGUAGUCAACAGUGAUGGUCAGCUUAAAGUUGUUUAUCCUUCACGAGUUGACUUACAGUUAGAGUCGGUCAAAGUCAUUCAUCAAGAAAAACAAUAGAAAACAGUUCUUAAAAAAUAAGAAUAUAUUGUGGUGCCUGUACUCCUCAAUAAAAAUAAAAAGG